AUGGGAAGAAAGGGCAAUUGUGAGAAUCAGUAUGAUAUGAACAGAGGUCCUUGGUCUGCUGAAGAAGACAGAAUUCUCAUGAACUACGUUCAAGUCCAUGGAGAAGGGAAAUGGAGAGAGCUUUCCAAAAGAGCAGGGUUGAAAAGAUGUGGGAAGAGUUGUAGACUUCGAUGGCUGAAUUAUCUAAAGCCAGAUAUCAAGAGAGGAAACAUUUCUUCCGAUGAAGAAGAUCUCAUUAUCAGAUUACACAAACUCUUAGGGAAUAGAUGGUCUCUAAUUGCGGGACGCUUACCAGGGCGAACAGACAAUGAAAUUAAGAAUUAUUGGAAUACUUAUUUGAGAAAGAAGGUAGAGCACAAGCACAACCACAACGAUGUUGUUGGCCAUGACAACAACAUUCCUAUCAAUUUAAGCUCCAAAAGUUCCUUGGGUGAUGUUCUUGAUCCUUCAAAACCCCCUCACCCAAUUAUGAUUAAACCAAAAUCAAUGAGGUGCACCAAGGUUAUGAUGCCAGUCAAUGAUUCAGUCAACACCAUGAAUUUGAUCGCAACGAACUGGGACAACCAUAACCCUUCUUCAUCCAUGCCACAAGAUGACCAUAACCAUUGCUUAACAGGUGUUCUUCAGGACUUUGACAUCAGUGACUUGUUCAUGUCGUACGAGGAUGAUGGGUAUGCUUGUGUUGAGAUACCCCAACAUAUUUUUGAAGAUGAGACUUGGAGGCUUCAUGAUUCCAUGGUUGAAGAAGCGUGGUACGAGAAUUGGAAGCAUGAGACCUACUUUUCACAAGAACAAGAUAUGGAUAUGGACAAAGAAACCAGGGAAAAAUCAAACAUACUUCAGCAAUUAGUUCCAGAUUUGCACAACAGUUAUGGCGGCAGCAUCGUCAUACACUCCAUUUUUGGGAAUUAG